AUGGAGAAGAGUUCUGAGCAAAUCAUUAAUUAUGCUUCACUGUUUAGCCUAUUCCCUAAAGAAAAGGCUACAUAUGCAGGUUAUACACCUUCUUUACAGAAGUACGAGAACGAUGGAGCCCUAACAAAAGGAGCUGCUUCGACCAUUUCAAUGUUGCUGUCUUUACCAGUCGAUGAGCAGAAAGAUAAACUUGAUGACAAACAUAGUUCAGAGCAAUUCAUCAGGACUCUCUUUGAGAUUGUUAACAAGAUCCAUGGAGACGAGAAGCUAAUCACUUGGGCCUUACUUUAUAUCGAUGGAAUGCUGGAAGAGAACAGAAACAGGAUCGCAAACAUUGCUGCUAUCCAAAAUAGUUUUAAAGAGAGUAGGAAAAUGGAUUGUAUUGCAAUUUUAUUAAACUUCCUGAUCUCUAACAAUGAUAGUAAGAACUAUAAUAGGAAUGCAGCUGCAAGGAUCUUGUCCAUGCUUAUUGAAGCAGCCGGAUUUGAUCACUGCAAAGAUCAUGCAAUUGACUUCAUGAAUUGGAUAUACGGAUUUGAUCCAAAAAGAAUUAGCGCAAACGCUUACACAUUCUCUAUUUGAUAUUUGGUUAAAAUUAAUGAACUUGCUCAAGAAUAUGUUGAGUUGAGUGGAAUCAAUAAGCUCAUUGAGAUGCUAGACAAUCAGUGCCUCAGCGACUAUCAGAUCGCCUAUAAUGUACUUGUCUCCUUAUGGGUCUUGUCUUACCAUGACUUUGCUCUAAAAUAUUUUGAGAAUCCAGACCUUGACUUAAUCGAGAAAAGUAUUAAGAUUCUUGAUUUCUUCAACAAAGAGAAGGUCGUUAGGAUCACCCUCUUGCUCAUGGAGAACCUAACAAACUAUAAACUAUGUCUAGAGAUUAUGAGUGAUCUCAAUGGACUUGAAUUGAUUCAAAAACUUCAACAAAGACACUGGGUAGAUGAAGAUAUUAAGAAUCUACUAGAGAAAUUAUGGGGAAUCUUCGAUUCUAACUAUGAAGAGUUCACAUCUAUUGACAAGUUUAGAAAAGAGAUUCACCUGAAGACCUUGAGAUGGGGGCCAGUACAUACAGAGAGAUUCUGGCAAGAAAACUUUAUCCAUUUCCAUGAGAAAGAUAACCUGGAUUUGAUUAAGGAUCUCAUGUGCCUCUUAGAGAUGGAGAAUGAGAGAACUGUAGCAGUCGCUUUGUACGAUCUCGGAGAAUUUGCCAAGUAUUUCCCAUUCGGAAGAAGCUAUCUGGACAAUAUUGGUAUAAAAUCAGUUAUAUAUGAAGUCAUGCAGAAGUCUGAUAGUGCUGAGAUUAAGAAGGAAGCUAUAACUUGCUUACAGAAGCUGAUUGUGACAUCCUGGCAAGGUAAAUCAAAAACAUAG